GGCUCCGGGCUGUCCCUCGGAGGUGGGGAUGCGGCGGGAGCCGGGGGAGGUGGUCCCGCGACCGGACGCGACCCGGGGCUGCUGCAGUCAGGGAAGGAGACCCUCCGCGGUUUAGGACGACCUCGACGCGACCCGGGACAGGAGGCAACUAACUCCGGGGAAGACGAGCGAGCCCCAGCUCAACUCUCGGUUGCCGCAGGGUGGACGACGCGGUGCGCCCGCCGGCGGGCAUGGGGACGCACCCCAGCGGGCGCUCGCUGCCUUGACCUCCCCAUCCCCGCGCGGGGGAGGGGCCCGAGCGGCGCCGAGGCCGCCGAGCGCGGAAAGUGCGCGAAGCGGACGCCGCUGCGAGCCGCACACGUGACGGCGCCGCGCCGCGCCGAGCGGGACCUGGCGGCGGCGGCGGCGGCGGCGGCCGGCGCAGCGGGGCGGCCCCGAGCGGCGCGGGCGGCCUGGAGCCCCGGGAGCGGCGCGCGCGGCCCCAGCCCAGCCGCCGUCCCGGCCUCGCGCUGCACAUUCUCUCCUGGCGGCGGCGCCACCUGCGGCAGCGUUCGCCCGAACAUGGCGACACGGAGCAGCAGGAGGGAGUCGCGACUCCCCUUCCUAUUCACCCUGGUCGCGCUGCUGCCGCCCGGGGCUCUGUGCGAGGUGUGGACGCAGACGCUGCCCGGCGGCCGCGCGCCCCUGCCCCAGGACCGGGGCUUCCGCUUGGUGCAGGGCGAGCCGCGCGAGCUGCGGCUGUGGGCGCGCGGGGGGCCCCGGGGGGCGGACGAGAAGCCGCUCCGGAGGAGACGGAGCGCUGCCCUGCAGCCGGAGCCCAUCAAGGUGUACGGACAGGUUAGUCUGAAUGAUUCCCACAAUCAGAUGGUGGUGCACUGGGCCGGGGAGAAGAGCAACGUGAUCGUGGCCUUGGCCCGGGACAGCCUGGCACUGGCAAGGCCCAGGAGCAGUGAUGUGUACGUGUCUUACGACUAUGGGAAAUCGUUCAAGAGAAUUUCCGAGAAACUGAGCUUCGGCGUGGGAAACAGCAGUGAGGCAGUGAUCGCCCAGUUCUACCACAGCCCUGCGGACAACAAGCGCUACAUCUUUGCAGAUGCUUACGCCCAGUACCUCUGGAUCACGUUUGACUUCUGCAACACUAUCCAUGGCUUUUCCAUCCCGUUCCGGGCAGCCGAUCUCCUCCUGCACAGCAAGGCCUCCAACCUUCUCCUGGGCUUUGACAGGUCUCACCCCAACAAGCAGCUGUGGAAGUCAGACGAUUUUGGCCAGACCUGGAUCCUGAUUCAGGAACACGUGAAGUCCUUUUCUUGGGGUAUCGAUCCCUAUGACAAGCCAAACACCAUCUACGUGGAACGGCACGAACCCUCUGGCUACUCCACGGUUUUCCGAAGUACAGACUUUUUCCAGUCCCGGGAGAACCAGGAAGUGAUCCUGGAGGAAGUGAAGGACUUUCAGCUUCGGGACAAGUACAUGUUUGCUACAAAGGUGGUGCAUCUCCGGGGCAGUCUGUAUCCAUCUUCGGUCCAGCUCUGGGUCUCUUGUGGCAGGAAGCCCAUGCGACCAGCCCAGUUUGUCACAAGGCAUCCUGUUACCGAAUAUUACAUCGCAGACGCCUCCGAGGACCAGGUGUUUGUAUGCGUCAGUCACAGCAAUAAUCGCACCAACUUAUACAUCUCGGAGGCAGAGGGCCUGAAGUUCUCCCUGUCCCUGGAGAACGUGCUCUACUACAGCCCGGGAGGGGCGGGUGGCGACACGCUGGUGAGGUAUUUUGCAAAUGAGCCGUUUGCCGACUUCCACCGCGUGGAAGGGUUGCAAGGAGUCUACAUCGCUACUCUGAUUAACGGUUCCAUGAAUGAAGAGAACAUGAGAUCAGUCAUCACCUUUGACAAAGGGGGUACCUGGGAGUUCCUUCAGGCUCCAGCCUUCACAGAAUAUGGAGAAAAAAUAAACUGUGAGCUCGCCCAGGGCUGUUCCCUGCACCUGGCCCAGCGGCUCAGUCAGCUGCUCAACCUCCAGCUCCGAAGGAUGCCCAUCCUGUCCAAGGAGUCUGCUCCCGGUCUCAUCAUCGCCACUGGUUCGGUGGGAAAGAACUUGGCAAGCAAGACGAACGUGUAUGUUUCUAGCAGCGCAGGAGCCCGGUGGCGAGAGGCACUUCCUGGACCUCACUACUAUACUUGGGGAGAUCAUGGCGGCAUCAUCAUGGCCAUCGCCCAGGGCAUGGAAACCAAUGAGCUGAAAUACAGCACCAAUGAAGGGGAGACCUGGAAAACGUUCAUCUUCUCCGAGAGGCCGGUGUUCGUGUACGGGCUCCUCACGGAACCCGGCGAGAAGAGCACCGUCUUCACCAUCUUCGGCUCCAACAAGGAGAGCGCCCACAGCUGGCUGAUCCUCCAGGUCAACGCCACGAAUGCCUUGGGGGUUCCCUGCACAGAGAAUGACUACAAGCUCUGGUCGCCAUCGGAUGAGCGGGGCAACGAGUGUUUGCUAGGACACAAGACCGUUUUCAAGCGGAGGACUCCCCACGCCACGUGCUUUAACGGAGAAGACUUCGACCGGCCUGUGGUCGUGUCCAACUGCUCUUGCACGAGAGAGGACUAUGAGUGCGACUUCGGCUUCAAGAUGAGUGAAGAUUUGUCCUUAGAGGUGUGUGUUCCGGAUCCAGAGUUUUCUGGGAAGUCCUACUCUCCUCCCGUGCCUUGUCCUGUGGGCUCUACUUACAGGAGAACAAGAGGCUAUCGGAAGAUUUCUGGGGACACUUGUAGUGGAGGAGACGUUGAAACACGACUGGAAGGAGAACUGGUCCCAUGUCCCUUGGCAGAGGAGAACGAGUUUAUCCUGUACGCCAUGCGGAAGUCCAUCCACCGCUAUGACCUGGCCUCGGGAGCCACAGAGCAGUUGCCUCUCACCGGGCUGCGGGCCGCAGUGGCCCUGGACUUCGACUACGAGCGCAACUGCUUAUACUGGUCCGACCUGGCCUUGGACACCAUCCAGCGCCUCUGUUUGAACGGGAGCACAGGGCAAGAGGUGAUCAUCAAUUCUGGCCUGGAAACCGUAGAAGCCUUGGCUUUCGAACCCCUCAGCCAGUUACUUUAUUGGGUGGACUCUGGCUUUAAAAAGAUUGAGGUAGCCAAUCCAGACGGCGACUUCCGGCUCACGAUCGUCAACGCCUCCGUGCUCGACAGGCCCAGGGCUCUGGUCCUCCUGCCCCAAGAUGGGGUGAUGUUCUGGACCGACUGGGGAGACCUGAAGCCGGGAAUCUAUCGGAGCAACAUGGACGGCUCUGCUGUCCAUCGUCUCGUGUCAGAGGAUGUGAAAUGGCCCAACGGCAUCUCUGUGGAUGACCAGUGGGUCUACUGGACAGAUGCCUACCUGGACUGCAUCGAGCGGAUCACUUUUGACGGCCAGCAGCGCUCCAUCAUCCUGGACAACCUCCCGCACCCCUACGCCAUUGCCGUCUUUAAGAACGAGAUCUACUGGGAUGACUGGUCGCAGCUCAGCAUCUUCCGAGCUUCCAAAUACAGCGGCUCCCAGAUGGCGGUUCUUGUGAGUCAGCUCACGGGGCUGAUGGACAUGAAGAUUUUCUACAAGGGCAAGACGACUGGAAGCAAUGCCUGCGUGUCCAGGCCGUGCAGCCUGCUGUGCUUGCCCAAGGCCAACAAUAGUAAAAGCUGCAGGUGUCCGGAGGGCGUGGCCAGCAGCAUCCUCCCAUCCGGGGACCUGAUGUGUGAGUGCCCUCAAGGCUACCAGCGGGAGAACGACACCUGCCUCAAAGAAGAGAACACCUGUCUCCGGAACCAGUAUCGUUGCAGCAACGGGAACUGUAUCAACAGCAUUUGGUGGUGUGACUUUGACAAUGACUGCGGUGACAUGAGCGACGAGAGAAACUGCCCGACUACCGUCUGUGAUCUGGACACCCAGUUCCGCUGCCAGGAGUCUGGGACCUGCAUCCCACUUUCCUACAAAUGUGACCUUGAGGACGACUGUGGCGACAACAGCGAUGAAAGUCACUGUGAAAUGCACCAGUGCCGGAGCGACGAGUACAGCUGCAGCUCUGGGAUGUGCAUCCGCUCGUCCUGGGUGUGCGAUGGGGACAACGACUGCAGGGACUGGUCUGAUGAAGCCAACUGUACCGCCAUCUAUCACACCUGCGAGGCCUCCAACUUCCAGUGCCACAACGGACACUGUAUCCCCCAGCGGUGGGCAUGCGACGGUGACAUGGAUUGCCAGGAUGGUUCCGAUGAGGACCCAGUGAACUGUGAGAAGAAGUGCAAUGGAUUCCGCUGCCCGAAUGGCACGUGCAUCCCGUCCAGCAAGCACUGCGACGGCCUGCGGGAUUGCUCGGAUGGCGCGGACGAGCAGCACUGCGAGCCCCUGUGCACGCGCUUCAUGGACUUUGUCUGCAAAAGCCGCCAGCAGUGCCUGUUCCACUCCAUGGUGUGUGAUGGGGUCGUCCAGUGCCGCGAUGGCUCCGACGAGGACGCCGCGUUCGCAGGAUGCUCCCAAGACCCCGAGUUCCACAAGGUCUGUGAUGAGUUCAGUUUCCAGUGCCAGAAUGGAGUGUGCAUCAGCUUGAUUUGGAAGUGCGACGGCAUGGAUGACUGCGGUGACUACUCCGACGAAGCCAGCUGUGAAAACCCCACGGAAGCCCCGAACUGCUCCCGCUACUUCCAGUUCCAGUGUGAGAAUGGCCACUGCAUCCCCAACAGGUGGAAAUGUGACAGGGAGAACGACUGUGGCGACUGGUCUGAUGAGAGGGACUGUGGAGAUUCACAUAUUCUUCCGUCGCCCACUCCCGGGCCCUCCACGUGUCUCCCCAAUUACUACCGCUGCAGCAGCGGGGCGUGCGUGAUGGACAGCUGGGUGUGCGACGGGUACCGGGAUUGUGCAGACGGCUCGGAUGAGGAAGCCUGCCCCUCGCCUGCAAAUGUCACGGCUGCCUCUGUUCCCACUCACCAUGGGCACUGUGACCGAUUUGAAUUCGAAUGUCGCCAACCAAAGAAGUGUAUCCCAAACUGGAAACGCUGUGAUGGCCACCAAGAUUGCCAAGAUGGCCAGGAUGAGGCCAACUGUCCCACACACAGCACCUUGACCUGUAUGAGCAGGGAGUUCAAGUGUGAGGACGGCGAGGCAUGCAUCGUGCUCUCCGAGCGCUGUGAUGGCUUCCUGGACUGCUCGGACGAGAGCGACGAGAGGGCCUGCAGCGACGAACUAACUGUAUACAAAGUACAGAAUCUUCAGUGGACGGCUGACUUCUCUGGGGACGUAACAUUGACCUGGACGCGGCCCAAGAAAAUGCCUUCUGCUGCUUGUGUAUAUAACGUCUACUACAGGAUGGUUGGGGAGGGCAUCUGGAAGACCGUGGAGACGCACAGCAAUAAAACCAACACCAUAUUAAAAGUCUUAAAGCCAGACACCACAUAUCAGGUCAAAGUGCAGGUCCAGUGCCUCAGCAAAGUGCAUAACACCAACGACUUUGUGACUCUGCGGACACCAGAAGGACUGCCAGACGCCCCGCAAAAUCUCCAGCUGUCACUCCACAGGGAAGAGGAAGGCGUGAUUGUGGCCCACUGGAUUCCUCCCACCCACUCCCAUGGCCUCAUUCGAGAGUACAUUGUGGAAUACAGCAGGAGUGGUUCCAAGAUGUGGGCCUCCCAGAGGGCUGCUAGUAACUUUACGGAAAUAAAGAAUUUACUGGUCAAUGCUCCAUACACCGUCAGAGUGGCUGCGGUGACGAGCCGUGGAGUAGGAAACUGGAGCGGUUCUAAAUCCAUCACCACCAUCAAAGGCAAAGUGAUCCCACCGCCAGAUAUCCACAUCGACAGCUAUGGUGAGAAUUUUCUGAGCUUCACCCUGACCAUGGAGAGUGACAUCAAGGUGAAUGGCUAUGUGGUGAACCUUUUCUGGGCAUUUGACACCCACAAACAAGAGAAGAGGACUUUGAACUUCCGGGGGAGCAUCUUAUCACACAAAGUUGCCAAUCUGACUGCUCACACGUCCUAUGAGAUUUCUGCCUGGGCCAAGACUGAUUUAGGGGAUAGCCCUCUGGCAUUUGAGCAUGUCACCACCAAAGGAGUCCGCCCACCCGCUCCUAGCCUCAAAGCCAAGGCCAUCAAUCAGACUGCAGUGGAAUGCACCUGGACUGGCCCCAGGAAUGUGGUUUACGGUAUUUUCUAUGCUACGUCAUUCCUUGACCUGUAUCGCAAUCCGCAGAGCCUGACUACUUCCCUGCACAACAAAACAGUCAUUGUCAGUAGGGACGAGCAGUAUUUGUUUCUGGUGCGGGUGGUGGUGCCCUACCAAGGGCCAUCCUCCGACUACGUCGUGGUCAAGAUGAUCCCAGACAGCAGGCUCCCACCGCGUCACCUGCACGUCGUUCAUACCGGCAAAACCUCGGCUGUCAUCAAGUGGGAAUCCCCCUAUGAUUCUCCUGACCAGGACCUGUUAUAUGCAGUUGCUGUCAAAGAUCUAAUAAGAAAGAGUGACAGAAGCUACAAAAUAAAGUCCCGUAACAGUACAGUGGAAUACACCCUUACCAAGUUGGAGCCUGGAGGGAAAUACCACAUCAUCGUCCAGCUGGGGAACAUGAGCAAAGAUUCCAGUAUAAAAAUCACCACAGUUUCAUUAUCUGCACCUGAUGCCUUAAAAAUCAUAACAGAAAACGACCACGUUCUUCUGUUUUGGAAAAGUCUUGCUUUGAAGGAAAAGCAUUUUAAUGAAAGCAGGGGCUAUGAGAUACACAUGUUUGAUAGUGCCAUGAAUAUCUCAGCUUACCUUGGGAAUACUACUGACAAUUUCUUUAAAAUUUCCAACCUGAAACUGGGUCAUAAUUACACUUUCACCGUGCAAGCAAGAUGCCUUUUUGGCAGCCAGAUUUGUGGGGAGCCUGCUGUCCUGCUGUACGACGAGCUGGGGUCGACAGGUGGGGGCGCGUCGGCGUCCCAGGCCGCCAGGUCCACUGACGUUGCUGCCGUGGCGGUGCCCAUCUUGUUCCUGGUCCUGCUGAGCCUGGGGGUCGGCUUUGCCGUCCUGUACACGAAGCACCGGAGGCUGCAGAGCAGCUUCACUGCCUUCGCCAACAGCCACUACAGCUCCAGGCUGGGCUCGGCCAUCUUCUCCUCGGGGGACGACCUGGGGGAGGACGAUGAAGAUGCCCCUAUGAUAACAGGAUUUUCAGACGACGUCCCCAUGGUGAUAGCCUGAAAGCUCUCCUCACUAGAAACCAAAUGGUGUAAAUAUUUUAUUUGAUAAAGAUAGUCGAUGGUUUAUUUUAAAAGAUGCACUUUGAGUUGCAAUACGUUAUUUUUAUAUCGGCCAAAAACAAAAACAAAAAAGGAAAGAAAGGAAUGAAUAAACUUUGUAGUAAUCAGCUGUGAACUUCAAACCAGGUUGAUUUUAGUAACCAAAUUGCUCUGAUUUCAUAUUAAUGUAGUCUUACAGGGCUGUGCUUGCUGGGCAUGCUUUUAAGUCUGUGAGAUAAUUUUGAGUCAAUAAAUUGGCCGUUCUUUUUAUUUUUCUAAGACACAGAAAUGUAUUUAAUAAAAACUUUGAGAGAGGGUGAUGGGUGGCAUCUCUCCCACCCCCUCCCCUCCCCCCGCCAUUGAACGUGUGCUCAAAUUUUAAAGUUUGUUUGGAUUUUGUUUAUAUGAAAGAGUUUGUGUGUAUAGUGGGGGAAAGUUCUUUUCUGUACUUUUGUUAAUUUAUUCGGACUCUAUAUAAGGCAAGGCUUUCGUGGUCGUUGACUCCGCACGUUAUGAGGGGUUGUAGGGUCGAGGGGUGGGCAACAGAAGCAGUUUUGUUGCCAUUCCGGAAACAAUCCGUUUUUAUUCACUUGUGUGUCAUGUAAUGGUAUCGGGCAGGAGAGGACAUUGAAUCAUUGCUCGGUUUCAGUUAGACAGACCUGCGGCUCCGAGAGCCCUGCAAGCAACGGCUUCUUCUCUUAUGUUCACCGCUGGAAUCUUAUCGUCUACGCCUCUGCACAAGAUGUAGCUCUCCACGCUACAAGCCGAGAACACUGCUUUAUUAUACACUGGUGUCGUGGUCAUCGCCACAAAUGACUGCUCGUGGGAGAGUGCUAGGUCUGGGCCAUGAGAGAUACACUGGCAGAUAAGAGUACCUAAUUUGUCCUUCAGAUAUCUUGUUUUUCCUUACCACUGAAGUAUCUCGAAUGUAAAGGUUUUUUUUGUUGUUUGUUUUUUUAAGGUUUUUUUUUUUUUUUUUUUAAUUAGAGCAAGUCAGAGUAUAAGCAUGGGGAGCAGGAGAGGGAGAAGCAGACUCCCCACUGAGCAGAGAGCCCCAUGCGGGGCUCGAUCCCAGGACCCUGAGAUCAUGGCCUGAGCUGACGACAGAUGCUUCACCGACUGAGCCACCCAGGCGCCCCCACAUGUAAAGUUUCAUAUUUACGUUCAGGUGGCCACUUACUAUCUUUAAAACUCUGUCCCUGAUAUAUGCAGUCAUUUUGAAUUGGGUCAGUGCCUUCUCUUUUUUUUUUUUCCUUUUUCUUUUCUUUCCUUCCACCUCCUUCCCCGCACCCCUGCCCAGUUUAAAGGGUGUUGUUCGCUCCGACAGAGAUACGGGAGAUGGACGGACUUGAGACCAUUCCAUCUAAUUGAGAGUCACAGCAACGCUAGAGCUUGCUCGCUCUGUAAAACAAGCUGAGCUAUUAUUCCUUAUGCCUUUAAACACCACCCGGGUAUUCACCUCAUGGCCACUUGCUAGGUCCAUGGAGUCCCAUUGCGGACCAACACCGGCCCUAGACACCGACGUCCAGCGCCCUUGUGAUCCCUGCCGGAGGAGCCCCACUGGAGAACUUCUCAGCUGAGAAACAGGGAGCUCGGGGAUGUCCCAAAGUCAUGUUUCUGAAUAUGUGUCCUUUAUAUGCAAGCUUCGUAAAGACCCCAUGUCCUCCGAGGUGUGCCGUGUCACCUUCUCACAAAUAUUUGCUUUCUUUUAACCAAAAGUAUCAUUCUUGGGCAAGAAUAUAGUUUUGUUCUAUCUAGUGAUUGUCUGGAAAACAAAGAGCCAAUUAAAUUUUUUAGUUUUAAAAAGUUUAAUUUAUAUAUAUACACACACACAUAUAUAUAUAUUUUGAAUGAGGAGUAUUUUCAACUGUAGACAUGUAGUUAGAUCGUGUGGGUAAGGCUCCGUUGUAUUUUAACAAGCGGUGGUCAUGAGGAGCCUCCUUCCGGCCUUUCUCCCCGCUUCUUUGCCCUUUGUGAGUUUCGUAAAGAAUGGAUUUUCUUUGGCUUUAUCUCGUCUUACCUUAUCUUAAUCGGACCACUAGAAAGUAUAUUUUCUUCUGCCAACUUCUCGUUGGCAUUCGUAAAAGCUGAUCUCAAAGGCUCUGAGACGUUCUUCUCCGUGGCUCCGCAGGCAAGCCUUUCUACAGAGCCUGUGUGUCCAGUCGGCGACUGGAGACACGUCUGAGCACCCAGUUCCUGUUCCUAGUGCCUCCCAGCGCUUAGUGCACAGUACUGUAUAGACUGACCGUCACCCCUCUCCUCGGAGAACGCCACUGUGCUGUUUGAGACAAAGCAGCCUUUUAGGGCUAGAGUAUUUUAUAUACACAGAAGAGCUGAGUUUCUGAAGACUAAGCUAGGUAGACACAGCUACGUGUAAAUUGUAUAUUUUUAUGAACUUUUCAAGCACGCACUCUUCCUUCCCUCUGCAUAACUUUGUGGGGUUUUGGCGUACAUGUGCCGUCUGCGAGAGUCCAGAGGCGGGAGUGGCCGUAGGAGAGGAGAACAGAAAGUAUGUGCGCCCUUUGGAAGUGACCAGGUAAUUGUCUUCACUGUGACCAGUCAGAGCCUCUGUUCGUGAAGAAGGGGCUUUUUCGUACCUCGUUGGAGAUACCACCUUGAAAGUUCACACUGUACGGGGUAAAGGUUUUAUUCUCCCCCAGUGCACAUUUGAAUGUCAGAAGCCCACAUCCACGUGGGCCAUGGUGGACCACUAACGGACCACUAAAAUUUGGCAGACAGGGGGAUUAUGUACAGAUUUUCUCUGGUGGCUGAUCUUGCCCCUUUAUGUAUUAAACACCCCUCGAGCUCGAGCCUCGUGAGACCCGGGUCCAGGCGGGUGAAAUGACAGAGUCAAAUUCCGAGGAGGAGUCGAGGGAGGAGCCAUGUCUAUGCAGACCUUUCCAGACAGGUGAGACACUCCAGGAACUGCUGGCUGCCCUGGCCUACUGGGUACAAGGUUAUGAUGCUGGGUCACUGGUUGAAACUUUGGGAAGAGAGGUUCCUGGGGUUCCAUCUCUGCUCGGGGCAGAGCAUCUAUCACUCGGGGCACUUGGGUGGGACAGGUGUGGGACACUGCCGUUCGCUCCUGCCCGUCAUCCUGGCCUCCUAGGUUAAACUAGGCUAGAGCCGUUUAAGGAACGUACCCCCUUUCACACAGUGGCUGUCUUAGGGGGACCUGGGGAGAGCAGUGGUGUGGCGAGGCUCUUAGAGAUAAUCGUCCACUUCCCCUUGGAGAAUCCUGUCUUCAAAUAUCCACCCAAUGGUCCCUCCAUCUUGUAAGAUUAUGGUCCCACUGCUUCCUUAAGGGCAGAAACCUCAUCUAGUUAGGUUUGGUUGGUCACUUCCCUACUAAGGGGGGCAUGGUGCCUCCCCGAGAAGAUUUAUUCUCUUCCUUCGACAGAGCUGGGAGACCCCUCAGAGAAGGGUUCUGGGAGAUAAGUCAACCGAAUACCAUCUCCAUAUUGAUUUUCAGAAUUGACUCUUGAAACUUUGUGCAGAAUCUUCCACUUUGUUGGGAUUGUCUCUUGACAUUCCGAGUCCUUUAUUUUUAUUAACUGGAGUGUGUGCUGCCUUUCAGGUACAAUUUUUGUGUAAUAAAAGCCAGUGCAUUAAGUUUCUAUAGACUACUUUCUAUGCAAGACUGAGAUAUGGGGUAGAUAGCAGGAGGUGUGGGUGGUUGGGUACAUGGACAAUGAGCUCGUUCUCAGAAUGGGAACCACCAUCGGACGUGGGUUGAGGGAGGAUGGGUUGCGUGUAUGUUUCUGCCCACUGAGCUUGAACAGCCAUAUUAGGAAUUAAAUCCUCAGAGCCAAGUAACCCGAGACUGGUAUCUGUUUCAUGUGUGUUAACGCCAAUGGAAGAAAGUACGAGUGCCGAAGUGGAACAUUAUUCUCAGAUAUCCCGUGUCAUUUCUCCUGUAAAGACUCUUGCUACGAAUUGCUAGAAACUUUAGGCAAAAUCCAAGUAUUGGCAGCAAAAUAAAGGCCUACUCUGCUCUUAUUUAAAGUGAAACACUGUAUACGUGUUUCUCUCCAAAGUGAAAUUAGGCAUUUAUGAUUUCAAUUGCCUUGAUACGUUUCCAAAAUCACCUGUUUCUGCUGAAGAUUUUACUAUAUUGUUGCACAAUUUUAUGAUAAUUUUUGUCUCAAUGUCAACUUUUUUCACUGAAUAAAAAUGUAACUGGGUCAAGGAAACACCUCUAUGAAAA